AUGGAUCCCCGUACCAGUGCCCUGGACUUGAUACGAUGUGACCUGUGUGGGACCGCUGUGUGUCUUGCAUCUGAUCAACACCUGGGUCAUAGUAAUAAGUUAUCAGAAAUCUUAAAGAUAGUGGAUGAUAAAAAGAGCAAAAUCAUCAAAGAUCAAAUUGAAUUAAAGGAGAAAAUUUAUCCCACCUAUCAGGACAUUGCCUCUGAUGUACAAAAAAGAAUGAAUGAAGUUGAUGAGAUGAAAAACACACAGUUACAAACUCUACAAAAACAUCUGGUUGAAAUAAAUGACAGCCUUUCUGAAAUCAAGGAUGUAAUCAAUUCAGUUGAAAUGGCUUUAGACACAAAUGACACGUCAAAACUGUUCGCUGUUAAGUUAAAUUUAGACAGAUAUAGAAAGCUUCCACAAAAGGUUCUGCCUUCAAAUCUGAAAUUCUUGCUAGAGAAAAUUCAACGAAAAGAACUCAGUAAUCUGUUUGGAACUUUAUUAUCAAGUUCUUUAACUUCAGAUGAACAUGGUUACAGCAUGAAGACAACACAGAAAUCACCAGAAACUGGAUCCUCUCCUCCAGUCAAACAGCUGCUUGAUGAACUAGAGACAGUCAUCACCAUAGAAACUGGGUAUGGAAGCCUUGACAAUGUGGCCUGUCUGAGUGAUGAAGAAAUCUUGAUGAGUGGAAAUGACGAAACUAUGAAAAUCUACAAUAUCAAUCAGGGAUCACUACUCAAGUCAAUCACAACCAAGUCAGGGUACAAACCAUCUGACAUAGCAGUGACAAAAAGUGGAGAUCUAGUUUAUACUGAUGACAGUGAUAGAACUGUGAACAUUAUAAAGAAUGAGAAGAUAGAGAAGGUGAUCAGAUUACAGAACUGGAGACCUGACGGUGUCUGUUGUACCUCCUCUGAUGACCUCCUGGUUAUCAUGGAAAGUGAUGAUAAACAAACAAAAAACAGACCAUUCAAUCCGCUAGGAAUCACCACAGACAGUCAGAGUCACAUCCUUACAGCUGAUCCUAAAAAUGACUGUGUCCACAUCAUAGACCAGGAUGGACAGUUCCUCCGUUACAUAGACUGUGGACUGAGUUAUCCCUGGGGACUGUGUAUAGAUACAAAUGACAGUCUGUUUGUUGCUCAGAUGGAAAACAGACAAUUGAAGAAAAUCAAAUAUCUGAAGUGA